CAUCUUGGCUCAGUGCGUGCCACACCGGUGGGAGUUAGAUACGGAGCAAGAAAGAUGGACGGACAGUCUAUCGUGUUCACGGUGCAGUACGUUGAGCUUUUGACCUCUUUGAUGGGCUCGCAGCGCAGCGCGGGGCCUAGCGAAGACUUGGCCGACUCGCGUGCUGAACGGUGGAGUUUCCUGGCGCCAUCCCCGCAGUCCUCCCCGGUCGCGCUGGGUUUGCCAGUUGCGGAGGUCGUGGAGGUGCCCUGCCUUGGCUUGGGGAAGUCGCCGAAGUCGCCUUCCCCCACGUCGCCACAGUCCGUGGGAUCGCUGGGAUUGCCAGGCUCGCCUCAGGCGCUGUCUCCACCAACUGGUCCACGGGUGAUGUUGCCACCCGGUGCGAUCAAGCCACACUCGGAGUACCAGGCACGCAAGCCAAAGAGGAAGAUUACUGGAUCCAUGCUGCCUCGUCCGCCGCAGGCAAAUACGCUUCUGGGCCGCCUCAGUCUGUUCUGAGGUUCUGAGGAGUUUGCCUGAGUUUCCAGCUAGUGGCUUUUUUGCAUUGGAACCAAGAUGCCCUUCCAGAGCCGAGAGAAAGUAAAGCCAUUGAACGGCUGGAGACGGAGUCACAGCCGGAUAUCAUUGGCAG